CCUAUCUCUCCAGACCACUAUAUUUAUUCUCCAUUGGCAGCUUCCAGUGACCAGGUCGCAACUCACCAGGCUCAUCUCUCAUCAUGGAUGUAGAGCUGUAUGUUUAUGACCUCUCCAAGGGUCUCGCCCGACAGUGGUCGCUUCCAUUAACAGGGACGCAUAUGGAUGCCAUCUACCACACGUCCAUUGUCCUCGACGGCGUCGAGUACUACUUCGGACAUGGCAUCCAGACGUCUGUCCCUGGCAGUACGCACCAUGGACAGCCCAUGGAAAGGGUUCAUCUCGGAGCCACAGAGCUUUCCGUUGAUAUUAUCACUGAGUACAUCGAGUCGCUCGGAGAUAUCUACACACCAGAGUCAUACGACCUCUUUCUGCACAACUGCAACAACUUCACUCAGGACCUCGCCAUGUUCCUAGUGGGCAAAAGCAUCCCGGAUCACAUCCGGAACCUGCCCCAGACCUUCCUGAGCACGCCCUUCGGUCAGAUGAUGAAGCCUCAAAUUGAAGCCGCUCUGCGUGGUGUCACGCAGGCCCCGAGCGCAGCUCCUCAGCCGGCUCCCGGGGUCCCAGCACAAACCAUGACAACCCCUGUUCACCAGCAGCCCACAUCGCAACCUCAACCGCACGGCAAGGUCCGAGUGGUCGCCAACCUUGCGCAGCUCGAGCGCGAACUCGCCUCGGCCUCGCACUCCUGCGCCGUGAUCUUCUUCACCUCCGCCACCUGCCCACCCUGCAAAGCCAUGUACCCAGUCUACGACGAACUGGCCGAAGAAGCCGGCGCCAAAGCCGCCCUCAUUAAAGUGGACAUCAGCACCGCCUACGACGUCUCCAUGAAGUAUCCAGUCCGGGGCACGCCCACCUUCAAAACCUACCUAAAAGGCAAAGAAGCCGACACCUGGAGCGGCGCCAACGCCUCCCAACUACGAGGCAACAUCCGGCUCCUCCUCGAGAUGGCCCAUCCAACUCACCCCCACCACCACCUCGACCUCCCAACCUUCCAACGCCUGGUCCCCUCCAAAUCCUACGUCCUCUUCAAAUCCAUCCCCCCACUCCCCAAACUCCUCCAAAAACUGCCCCCAGACACGCAAUCCCACCCAACCCUCACCUCCAUAACGACCUUCAUAACCACCCACUCCACAGCCGGAGGAGACCCAGGCAUCCCCCUGCCCCCCGACCUCCCCACCUACCCGACGUUCCUCACAAGCCUCCACUCCCGAACCCCCCCAGAAUCCCACUUCGCAAUCACAGACCUAACCCGCCUCCUCUGCCUCGACCCAAGGGUAUCCGCCUGCCUCUCCUCCCACCCAGACACGCUAAUAACCCUCACCCAAACCCAAAGGGAUACACCAUACAACCAGUGCCUAACAACCCUCCACCUUUUUGCAAACCUCUUCACCUCCCCUCUCUCCAUCACAACCGUCCUCACUCACCAACGCCUCCGCUCAAUAGCCCUAAACACCCUAACCACGGCCCUCCUAUCCCCCUCCUCCAAGCUCCGCUGCACAGCAGCCUCCCUAGCCUAUAACCUCACAGUCCACAACCACAAUUCCCGAUGGGAAGGCCACGGCGAGACGAUACCGGAAGAUGAGCAGGUGGAGCUAGCGGCGUCGCUUGUCGAGGCUAUUGCCAGGGAGAGCGAGAGCGUAGAGGCUGCCCGGGGGUUCUUGCUUGCGUUGGGGAUGCUGGUUUAUGGAUCUGAGAGGGAGGGGGCGGUAGGGGAUUUGUGCACGGCCAUGGAGGCGAGGGGUGUUGUUAGGGGUAAGGCAGGAUUUAUGGGAGAGGAGAAUGAGAAGUUGGUUAGGGAGGUGGGGGAUUUGGUUUCUGGGUUAUAGAGGUUUUUUUUUUUUUUUUUUUUUUUGUUUUUUUUUUUCUCUCCUUUUUACCUUUCUUUUUACCUUUCUUUUUU